AUUCUCCGAUGCCGGUGACAUCGCGGGUGUGUUUUGUGAAGUUCCAGGAGCCAGAGUCUGUUGGAGUGUCUCAACAUCUGACUAACACCGUGUUCGUGGACAGAGCACUGAUUGUGGUCCCAUUUGCUGAAGGUUUGUCGCAACCAUUAUUUCCACGUAUGAGUGGUCCUUGUCGAUUGAAUGGCAUGAAUAGUGAAAAUGUAAAAGAGUAAAAAGGAUUUCAUCAAUCCCAUUUGUGAAUUGCACAAGUCAACUCACCUUGGUCUGUUUAUAUGAGCUUUUUAAGAUAAUUGUCUAUAAGAAUUGCUUAAAGCAGACCUCUACUGUCAGAUUUUUGGUAUACUGUGGUAGCACAUCCCAUGAUAAACUGGAUGUUUUUUCUUUGGGCAAAUACAUAUCAAAUGGUAUGUCUGUGCCUAAAACAAUAAUUAGUUCUUCAUUUAGAAAGUGCAGUAUACCAAAAUUUGACAUUUACAGAUGAGGAGUUGAACAUUCCCAAGCUGUGGGCGCCGCAGAGAAGUGAAGUUGUUUACACUCUUAACCAUAUGCAUUUUAUUUUCUCCCCCAUAUUGGACUAUCCUCUGUUAAACUUCUCUCUGUUAUUUGUGUGUGUGUAUGUGUGUGUGUGUGAUUUUUGUAGUGAAGAAGGCAAAAGCAGCCCCCUCGUUGAUGGCUGAAAGUGGUCCUCUGCCUGCCAACAGGGGAUUGUAGACAUUUGCAAAGGCCAGCAAGCAUUCAAGUCCCACCCCGCUCUUUUUUGUGUCCUCUAUUCUUUCUCUGCCUUCUCUAUCUCUUUCCUUCUGUCUAAUUAACCUUCUCUAGGUGGUUUAGUUCAGAGUAUAAAGGUCAGAUAUCGGGGACGUAGCCUGAAACGGUGCUCGUUUUGCAUUGUUUUGCAACACUUUUGAACGCUGCUCAGCCAUUUUAUGGCUAAAGCAUUGUUUCUGAACGGAUAAGGCUGGCAUUGCAUUAUUCUUCAUUUUUUGAUGUCAAAAAAAUUCAUGAAAAGACCACAAGACCAUUAUUGACCAAAAACCUAUUUAAAGCAAUUCAGUGUUUCACUGGGUGAGUUUUUUGUUCAUUAUGAUGAACGCAGUUACUGUAUUUUAUUAUAAGUCAAUGCUAGCGGCACCGCCCUGCAGCUGUAAAUACUCGCUAGCAGACACCAAAUGUCUAUUAAUCCACCACUGAAAAAUAGUCUCCAACAAAUGCACUAUUUUUUCUAGUGAACCAUUGCAGUAAACUACAGAUCCAAGUUGUUUUAGCAAGCCACUUAUUAUUUUAUAAAAUUAAAUGAUAUAUUUGUGACCUGUUUUUAAAGGUUUCAGUGGUAACAAAUGGGAUUGUGGGUGAGAGCAGAAAGUAUUGACGAUAACCAAACAUUUAAUAUCGCCAGCCUUAUCCUAUAAAAAUGUUUAAAUUAACUCUAAAGAAAAAAGCUUUGAAAGACAUUCCGUUAUUUUGGUUUGGUGGUAAAAGCCUAUACAAGGAUACUGGGUGUUAAUAAUCACUUGUGCAAAAACCACAAUGAAAAAGGCAGCUGACACUGCACAUACUCACUUACCCACAUGUGAACAGCUAAUUUUGCAAUUUAUCAAGGGAACACUAGUCAAUGAUUGGUUAUCUUCUAUAAUAGCCAUGCUACAUCUCAUAAAUUGUCUAAGAUGCCCACCCGACAUGAUUUUAAAAAUAUUCUCUCUUUAACAGUGGUCUUCUUUUGUUGUUGUGUUUUACAGUUCUUUUUCCUGGCUCAGCCAGUCCUGUAUACCAGGCCCUGCUGAAAAUACCAUCCAACAGUUUUGUCUCCUGCAGCAAUUUCUCUCUCCAGUGUGCUCUUUUAUUUAAAUGUUGUCAUUGUUGUGUGUCCGUAUUUAGGUCAUGUCUUUUUGUGAAAGAGUUGUUUUGGGGGUGGAUUUACUGUGUGAUGAUUAUGAGGUGUUUAUUUGUUAAAUUUGGCAAUUUUUAAAAAUACAAUCAGUGGUAUAUUGCAAAUAAAGAUGAUUAAAUUAUUUUUUAAUUGGACUGUGGUAGCGCAGAUUAAUCCAACCAGUCGUGCUCUGCCUAGGUUUGGUUGAUUGAUGCAGUGGCAGGUAAGGAUACUAGAAUGAUGAUGUACAGCAGACACGCUACCCACCCUGAAUUCUGCUACUGUCAUUUAGUACAUACCACUAUAUGCUCUGACAUUUGUGUUUUUGGUAAGUAAACACUGAUAGCUUGUAUAGUGUUCUUGCCAAAUCCCUAAAAUUCUCUCUGUUGUGUGUAUCUCGAUUUUUCUCUGUGUGCUUUUAGUAGCGAAGCCGCCAGCGUGAGUCGCUUGUUUCAGUAAACGUCUUAAUGAAAAUUGAGGGCUCACCCAACUGGAGAAGCAGCUGUGCUUGCUAACGUUUGGUUCAUGACUUAAAAAACACGUUCAGGUGAUAUAUUCUUGGCAGUGUUCAUUGGAGUAGUGUGAUAUAUUCCAGCAAUAGUUAUCAUUCACUGCAAUGAUUAUGUUGAAUUAAGGGAACUCUUCUCUGAUCUGUAAGGUAACCAUGUUGUUGAACCUAAUUUGAGGAAUUGCAGUGUGAAGACUUUUUUUUCUUUGUCUUUUCCAAAGUGUCUUCUCUGUAGUUGAUGUGUGUGAAGAUGUCGUUCUCUCCUAAUGCUUGUUCUUAUUUUCCUGUAGGAUCUAUUCCAGAUGAGGCGAAAGCUUUGUCACUGCUGGCGCCAGCAAACGCUGUUGCAGGAAUUCUGCCAGGAGGAGGACUUCUUCCAACGCCCAACCCCAUGUCCAAUCCAGCUGUAAGACUUCAAAUUAUGGGAGGGAACCCUUUCGGUGUUCCGAACAUGGAUGCAAUGGCUGCAUUUGGAUUCCCAGGACCCAAUAUGAAUCCCCAGGCUGCUGAUCAGCUGUUAAAGUUCAUGACAGAUCCAAAGCUGAAUCCUUUGGCUGCAGGCUUAAACCUGAGUGCAAGCCUGAAGGCUGAUGCAUCCAAUAAAGAAAUCGAAGAGGCCAUGAAGAGAGUCAGAGAGGCCCAGUCGCUCAUUUCGGCUGCUAUCGAACCUGGAAACAAGGAAAGCAAGAAGAAGCGCUCUCGUAGUAGGUCCAGGUCCAGGAGGAGGAGGUCUAGAUCACGAUCAAGACACAGGCGAACCCGGAGCAGAUCAAGGCGCCGGUCAAACUCCAGAAGCAGAAGGCGCUCCAAAAGCCCCCGCAGGAGACACACCGACUCCAGAGACCAAAGCAGGCGAUCUCCGAGCAGGUCCAGAGAUAGAAAGAAAGACGAUUCAGGGAGAAGAAGAUCUAAAACACCACCUAAAAGCUACAGCACAGCCAGGAGGUCACGCAGCGAGGACCGGAGACGCAGGAGAAGUCGAAGCGGCAGCCGAUCUCCUCCUAAAAAGUCUCCUAAAAGAAGGACUCCAUCUCCUAGAAGACACAAGAAAGAAAAGAAAAGGGAUAAAGAAAGGGACCGGGACCGCAAGAGUGAUAAAGAUCGCGUUCGUGAGGAACGUGAGCGCUCCACCAGUAAGAAAAAGAAAAGUAGAGACAAAGAACGAGAACGAGAGCGAGAGCGGGACAGGAAAUCAGACGGAGAGAAAGGAGAUGUCAAGAUCACCAGGGAUUAUGACGAGGAAGAACAAGGCUACGACAGCGAGAAGGAGCGGGAGGACAGGAAGGAUUCUGACGACUCUGCUUUGUCUCCUCAGUCUGUAGAAGGUAACGGCACAGCGCGGUCUGUGAAGCAGGCCAAAGUUAACGGAGCUGACGAUCACCAUGAAGAAGACAUGGACGUCAGCGAUUAAGUCGUCCAUCUUUCUUUGUCCCUCAUUAUCCCUCCGUUUUGGUUGUGAUCUUGUUACGACUUUUUUCCCCCACUGGGGUUAAAUCUAAAAUGUGAAGUGAGCGUCAAAUGUAUUGAUUUUUCGCACCGAAGAGUCGUCAAAUCUUUUUGCAAAUGUACAAUGCAGAAUUGUCAUGUUUGCAGAGAGGAUGACAUUGUCACAUUGCUUUAAAAGUACCCACCUGCUUUUUGCCUCAACAAUCGUAGUCGGUUAAAACUGGAAGUAGGCUUUGCUUUGCUUUUCUUGAGCUUGUGUUGUCAGGUUUUGUCACUUUUUCACACAUUGUAUCUUUUACAUUUUUGUUUAGUGUUGUGGUGUGUUGUUCAGGCCUCUCCCCCAACCUUAUCGAAACAGUUAAUACAUUUGUUUCCUGUUAUUUGAAAGUGUUGAUUGUUUUAUCAAGGAUUUCUUUUAUAAUAAAGCCUAUUUGGAGAACCAA